UGUCAGCAAGCCAGGCUGCCACGUAACACAACACCCACAGAUGUAUUCACCUGCAUUGGAAAAGAUGCCAUAUCCCGCCGUAGGACACUUCAUUCCUAAUACGUACCUAGGUAAGCAGUUUAUUGUGCAAUUUGCAUUUACUUGUUUGCACAUUUGUUCGUUUCUCAUGUCUUCAAGUUCAGCUUCAAGUUCGUUGCACUGCUUACAUAAUGCGGGGAAAUCUGGGGAUGCCAGUGUUGGGGCAGAUCACAAUCACCGCAAAAAGUUUGGAGGAAUAAUGCUGACCACCCACACCCGCCGCCCAAGAGAGACACCUGUAUAGCCCCUUCGGAACAUGCCCCAUACAAGUACUACCUGCUCUACGACUCUCGUCCGAAUCCAGACCCCAGACAACCCCACAUGGAGAUUCAAACGAGCGCAAUGCACACUUCAAUGCUGGCGAUGAGAAUGAAAACGACAAAUAUGAAGUUUGGAACCGGCAGUUUGCAGUGCGAAACCAACCAUCACCGACUAGAGACAUGGCUGUCCAGAUGGAUCCCGCACUAUUGAAGGCGCACCCGGCAAUCGCUCUUGCGGUGGUGUUAACCAUUGCUGCAAUUGUGGUAUGGAGAGUGAAGGAGACCAUCAGAGCUCGAAAGUACAAACUUCCGCCUCGGAUACCCGGUGUUCCAGUCUUUGGCAACACAUUCCAACUUCCGCCACUGAAACAAGGUUUAUGGGGGGUUGAAAUGGCAAGAAAGUAUGGAGAAAUGUUCACUUGCAGUAUCGGAGGCAAGACAUGGGUGUUUCUGAAUUCAUCACGGGUGGUCAAUGACUUGAUGGAGAAGCGAUCGGCCAUUUACUCAUCACGACAGUAUAUGCCAAUGGCAUCAGGAAUCCUGUCUGGCGACAAUCGGGUGUUGCUGAUGCCUUAUGGCGAGAGGUGGCGGAUGAUCCGUAGAAUCAUGCAUGCCAUCCUCAACAAAACCAACGCUCCCGUGUUUGCACCUUUUCAGGACCUCGAAUCGAAACACCUCUUGUACGACUUCCUGCACCAUCCGGAAUUGUGGUACUCGGCGACACAACGGUUCGCCAAUUCGGUGAUCAUGAGCGUGGUUUUCGGAAAGCGAAUGGAGCUGGAAGACCCCAAAAUCCGCGAACUGUUCGAGACAUCCAAUGCCAUCAUCGAAGCCAUUCAGCCAUCUGCCAACCUGGUGGACUCUUUGACCUUCCUCGAAAACCUGCCCAAGCCAUUGCAAUGGUGGAGAAAACGCGGAGAGGAGAUGUUUGAAAAAACCAUCAAGGUCUACAAACGGGAGGUGGAUGAGUUGGAGGAGAAGAUCAAAAAUGGGACGGCAAAGGACUGUUUCGCAACACGAUUUCUCAAGGAUCCAGAAACCAAGAAUUAUGGACAAACUCAAACGUACUUCGCUUUGGGAUCGCUCAUGGAAGCCGGCAGUGACACGUCCAGAAUGACGAUCAGCCAGGUCAUAGCUGCGGCGGUGCUGGACAAGAGCUGGGUCGAAAAAGCAAGAGAGGCUCUAGACAAAGUUUGCGGCCGGAACGCGGAACGGUUGCCGACCUUUGAUGACCGGGCUGAUCUUCCGUACAUCACGGCGACGGUCAAGGAAGCAUUUCGGUGGCGACCAUUUGCGGAGAUUGGUGUGCCUCAUAUGCUGAUCCAAGAUGACGAAUAUGAAGGCUACAGAUUCCCUGCAGGGACGCUCUUCACUUGGAAUGCCACUGCGAUAGCACUGGACCCAAAAGAGUACGUGCAGCCCGAACGAUUUUGGCCCGAGCGUUUCCUAAACGAUGACUUGGACCACGUCCUCAAGGGACACUGGAGUUUCGGCCCAGGACGGCGAGUGUGCUCCGGGUAUAAUGUCGGCGAGUCCAAUGUGUGGAUCGUCGUCGCACGGUUGUUGUAUUGCUUCGACUUCGAAGGAGUGCCGGGAAAACCAUUUGAUUCGUUCCAGGUGAAUUGGGGCGAGCAUCGAUUUGCACCUUUUGACGUGUCCAUCAAGGUCCGAAGUCCUCAGCAUGCGGCGCUGAUCGAAAGGGAAGGGAGACCGGCCGUGGAUGCAAAGUACUAGUGCAGAAAGUCAUAUCACCCUACCUAGAUAGCGUCAAACCAGUGUUCUUGCAUCAAACUCGUAUUCUUGGACAUCAAUCUCUGGUGACAGGAGUUUAUUGAUUUGCCUUCUC